AUGUCGCUAUGCGCUUGGAUUCCCGCUUGUUUUCUCAUGUUCACGAUAGUCCACAGCGAGGUGACAUCAGAAAAAGUUUACCUACCCGGGGACAUAAUGCUCGGUGGAUUAUUUCCCUUCCAUUCCAGUAUGGUACGUACCGACGACACUCUCAAAUCAGGUCCAAUCAAAGAAAGAUGCGAGUCGUUCAACGUGGAGGUUUUCCAAUGGGCAGAGGCUAUGAUAUUCGCCGUGGAGGAGAUCAACAAUAGGAAAGACAUUUUGCCGAAUAUCACACUUGGCUACGACAUUAGAGACACAUGCGAUUCGGUUUCGCAGGCUAUGGACAAGGCAUUAGAUUUCGUGCUGAUGACCGUGCGUAACGAUUCAAUGGCGGUUAAAGCGGUCAUCGGCGCGGGAAUGUCGUCCGUAACCAUGCCGGUAGCCAGUACACUCGGUGUAUUGAAUAUACCACUUGUUGGCUACGCGUCCACGAGUCCGCUACUGAGUAAUAAAUCCCGUUACAAAUCAUUUUACCGCACCAUCCCAAGUGACGAACUCCAAGCAAAAGCUAUGGCUGAAAUCGUGGAACAUUUUGGGUGGAACGCUGUCGGGACUCUAGCAACCGAUGAUGACUAUGGCCGCUACGGGAUAGAGCAAUUCGAGCGGGAAGCUGAGGUAAGAAACAUCUGCGUUGCAUUUAGUGAGCUGAUUCGAAACCAGGCAAGCCACAUGGAGGUGAAAGAAGUAGUCAACCGCAUCCGAGAAAACCCCGAGAUUAGAGUUAUAGUGACGUUUAUUCACGACACAGACAUGGAAGCCAUAGUCCAAGAAUUAGACGUGCAAAAUGUCACUGAUCGUCUUUGGAUUGCAUGUGAGUCAUGGGGCGACAGCAAGGAAGUUUUGCGUCAAGCGCCCACAGUUGUCGAUGGAACUAUAGGAGUACUGUUAAUGGAAGGGAAAAUCCCAAAUUUCGCACAACAUUUACUGAAACUUAGACCCACAAAAAAAGCGGUCAAGAAGAAUCCAUUUCUCGCUCAAAUGUGGGAAUCCGCCUUUCACUGCUCAUUGGAAUCACAGGGUUACAUGCAUGGUUCAGGUUUGUCUGAGUAUGUCGACGAAGUACAGUACAACACGGUAGUCUGUUCACACGAUGGAAACAUAAGGAAUACCCCCGUGUAUGGUAAUGCCGAUUUCCGCGUGUCAUAUAAUGUGUACCUGGCCGUAUAUUCCAUCGCUACGGCAUUGAAUAAUAUUAUUAAGUGUGUCGAUGGCGCAGGACUUCUCGCUCGAGGACGUUGUCCAGAUAUCCGCAAGCUACAGCCCUGGCAACUGUUACUCUAUGUAAGUAACGUUACUUUCCAAGGUACUGACGGACACCACUUCAACUUUGGGAAGAACGGAGAUGGGUUGGGUGUGUAUCAUUUGGUGAACUGGCAGCUAAAUGAAGAUCGGGAAAUUAAAGUGGUACCAGUCGGUCACUAUGACAAUCGCAUACAAAAUGGAUCAAAACUUCGAUUGGAAGACACAGUUAUCAUUUGGAAUGAGUUAAGCCGAUCGAUACCGACAUCAGAGUGUGCAGUACCUUGUAGACCUGGUUCACGUCAAGCUGUGUUGGACGGCCAGCCCAAAUGUUGUCAUGAAUGCGUGCCAUGCGCAGAUGGAGAAAUAACCAAUGAAACAGACCUGCCAGUUUGUAUUACAUGCCCCCAUGGUUUCUGGUCUAAUGGAAACCACACUGAGUGUAUGGAAAAAAUACAGGACUACUUAUCAUGGCAGGAAACAAGUGGAAUUGUUGCUGUCUGCUCUGCAAUCUUGGGUACACUUUUAACUGUCAUCACCUUAAUGAUAUUCGCAACGAAUAGGUAUACGCCGAUUGUGAAAGCAGCCAAUCGGGAGCUCUGUAUCAUGAUGCUAGUAUUUCUCUCCGUCUGCUUUGUGAGCUGUAUUGCAUUCGUUGGUCGCCCAAACGAGCUGCAGUGUAAAAUGCAGAUCAUACAAGGAGUAUUCCACACUAGCUGUGUUUCAAUCAUCUUAGUAAAAACUCAUCGAAUUUUAACUAUUUUUGGAUCGAAACUACCAGCGGCUUUGCAGGAGAGACGUUUCGCGAGACUUCAGUUGCAGCUACUGCUUUUGUCGUUCCUCGUUGCAAUUCAUGUUGCGCUGGUGAUUGCGCUUCUGGCACUGUCGCCCCCUGGUGUUGAAAUGAACGACGACAUUUCAAAAACGGUGAUGUACAUUCAUUGCAAACCUUCCAAUAUUAUAUUUUCUCUUUCAACUAGUAUGUAUACCUGGUUGGUGUCUGGAAUUUGUCUCAUAUUGGCGUUCAAAUCACGAAAGUUACCGGAUAAUUUUAAUGAAGCCAAAUUUAUAACGUUCGCCAUGGUUCUGUAUUUUAUUGUUUGGUCAUUUUACUAUCCAUCAUCGAUUCUCACGUACGGAAAAUUGAGAGCUCUUUUCCGGUGCCUAGUAAACAUUGUCUCUGCUGCAGCUCUGUUAGUUAGUAUUUUCCUCCCGAAAUGUUACAUUAUUUUGUGCAAGAGGGAACUGAACACAAAGGCGGCCAUACAGAGAGUUACACGCCAACAUUCUAUGAAAGUAACUUCGAGGGCGCUUGAAUUAACGCCAACAAAAAGAUCGUACUCGAUGGGAUCAGCAGAAUUGAACCAUUUAAAUCCAAAAGAAAGACAACUGUCGUCUGCUGAAAUAUUGGUUUGAACAUGAAUAUAAGAAAACAAUUUUAAAUGCCGCAAUAUUUAAAUGAAUGUUACUACAAAAAAAUAACUUGUGUUUUUUUCUAGCACAUACCUACUCUAGAGAAUUACCCACUUUUCCUACCUUAUAACGCAUGUAAUGCUACUGAAUUCGAUGUUUCUUAUAUCUUACCAUUUUAUAUGUUAUUUCAUCAGCGGCUUUUGCUUUGUUGUACGCUUUUUGGUGUUGGAUGUGGCUAUGACCGUAAAUCCGCAUAUCAUGAAUGUGAAGGUGCACUUUUUUUCUGCAAAAAAUUUACAGCACAUGUUUGAAAAUGAAAGACGUUGUGGAGUUAUGUAAAACUUUUAAAUAACAACAGAUGUGAUUUUUUUAAAGAAAUGAUCAAAUAUGUUCCCUGCGCUGCCCUGUGAUAUUACAUGGAAUUAAUAAAUCCCUGUUUUGGUUUUAGUUAUUCCAUAAUUUUAAUGAUUUUGAUAUUACCAAUUAUUUUGUAAAUCGUGCAUUUGUUCAUUGGAUAUUUUUAUAUAUUGGGAUUGUGAUUUACAUCUGUCUACCUACUUCUUUAUACUCUGAAAUCAAAUUUAUGUUUGUUUUUGAUUGUGUUAAUAUUUCGUACUUGUUGUUAUCUAAAUGUCAAUUUUUACACUUCUCUGACUUUUUUGUGCUGCACAAUUUAAUAAUAAAUAUUUUUAUUAAAAA